UUUUUUUUUUUAUACUGAAAUAUGUCUAUAGAAAAGAUAGAAACUACCGAAGUACAUACCGAAAAGUUUGAAUCUAGUUGGGGAAAAGACGUUGAAUACAAUGGUGAAACAGUUGACUUUGUUGAACCAGACGCCAAAGAAAUGAGAAAGUUACUUUGGAAGUUGGAUUUGCGUAUUGUUCCUUGGUUAGGUGUUCUUUAUCUUUGCUCUUUUUUGGAUCGUGUGAAUAUUGGUAAUGCAAAGUUGGCUGGUUUACAAGCAGACUUGAAAGUUUCUGAUGACGUUUACAACUGGGCACUCUCCAUCUUCUUCAUUGGUUACAUUAUCUUUGAAAUCCCUUCCAAUAUGAUGAUGAAGAAAAUUGGUCCCAAUCGUUGGAUUCCUUUAGUCAUGAUUGCUUGGGGUGUUACCAUGGCUUGUAUGGCUGCCAUUACUAAUUCUGCUGGUCUUUUAGCAAGUCGAUUCUUUUUGGGUAUCACAGAGGCUGGUCUUUUCCCUGGUGCUAUUUAUUAUUUAUCUUUAUGGUUUACUCGCCAAGAACAAGCUACACGUGUUUCUAUCUUCUUUAGUUGUGCUACUGUUGCUGGUGCCUUUGGUGGUGUUUUGGCUUAUGGUAUCAUGCAAAUGAAUGGUCUUCAAGGUUUAACUGGAUGGCAAUGGAUUUUCAUCAUUGAAGCUCUACCAACUAUUCUUUUAUCUGUAGCAACCUACUUUAUUCUUCCUGAUCUUCCUCACCGUGCCAAAUUUAUCAAUGAACGUGAACGUGCCAUUGUACUUCAUCGAUUGAAGAAGGAUGCUGGACCAUCUACUGAAACUCACUUUUCAUGGAAACAAUUCUUUGCCGUUUUUGUGGAUUGGAAGGUUUAUAUGCAUUCUUUGAUCUAUAUCUGUGGUGCCACUCCUCUCUACAGUCUUAGUCUCUUUUUACCAAGUAUCAUCAAAGGAAUGGGUUAUACAGAUUUGGCUGCUCAGGCAAUGUCUGCACCUCCAUAUGCUAUUGCUUGUUUCUUUACUGUGAUGAUUGCGUUACAUGCAGAUAAAAAACGUGAACGGGGGCUUCAUAUUGCAGUACCAGCAUUUGUUGGUAUGAUUGGUUAUCUCUUACUAGUGGUAUUGAAGGAUCGGGGACCAGUGGCUAUGUACAUUGCUGCUGUGAUCACUACUACUGGUGUCUUUUCUCAUAUCCCAUCCAUGUUAUCUUGGUUCACAAAUAAUAUUGGUGGUCAUACAAAACGUGGUGUUGCUAGUGCUUUUAUUAUCUCCAUCGGGAAUGUCGGGGGUGCUAUUGGGGGACAAGUAUAUAGAGCAGAUGAUGCACCUUACUAUUCUCGUGGUCAUGAAAUUUGUCUUGGAUUGAUGUGUGGUGCUUGGGUAUGCUCUUUACUCUUCAAGUUUUUGUUGGAGAGAGAAAACAAACGUCGUGAUAAUUUGACACCCGAACAACAUGCCAAAGAAGCUUCUGGUGAAGAACUCUGUGAUUUGCAUCCUGACUUUAGAUAUAUCUCUUAGUUAUAAUUUAUACUUUAUUUAUUAUUCUAUCUUACAUGAUUAUGUUUAUAUAUUACUUUUAUUCCCACACAUUAUUAUAGUCUCUCUCUCCUCCUACUGUAUUUUUUUAUAUAUGUA